UCGUCAGGCUCGUCCCCCUUCCCGACACCGACGAGCCGGCUCGAUUCGGGAAUACAAGCUUGGCUUUAAGUGCGCCGCCGCAUAAACAGCCUCGUGGCAUUGCUAUGUAGAUACUCCUAUGCCAAUACUAUGUAAAUAAUCUCUUAACAAGCUUUGUAUAUUAUAGUCGCCGUGUAAGCUUCCUCGCAGCGUGUCGCGAUGCCUCGUUCGCUCCCGAUCGAUCUUGUCGUCGGUUCCCGACGAGGCGGGCGGGAUGUUGGAAAUCCCCGUAUUCCCCUUGACUCGUGUGGGAAUUCCUUGGCGCUCGAUCUGAGCCGCGAUCACGCAUAAGGCCACGUGCUCCACAAGGACAAGUCGGGGGGCGAGACGCGUAAACAGUGUAUACGCCGCCGAGUGAGUCGCGUUCGGCAGUCGUGUCCGAGCACUUCGUUCCGCGCCCGGCUGAUUCGCGCUAUUAUCGCUCGGCUGUGCUUUCGAGUGCGAUACUCUUUAUACACCAGUAACGAUUCGCUCAGCUGUAAACUCGAGUGCGAUCGUUGCAUAGUCAAUAGAAUAAAUCCACCCUUUUGUUCGCCAUUUACUCAUUAUUCUUGUUUGUCCGACUUUUAUGAGCCUUCCUUGCCGCUCCCGCUCGUCAGUGCUCCGUGAGUUCCGACGUGCCUAGCGAUCGCGCGGACGCGCUGGCACUCAAGUAGACUUAGUUCUGAGCACAUCGAUUGUUCUGAGACACGAGUCCGGUAAAUCAUUCUAUCUUAACGCUUUUGUCUCGGUCGUGUGCAAAGUGUUGUGCAACGAAUACUGCCUCAUCAAAGCCAUUCUCGAAGAGGGUAUUCUCCGCAAAUAUCUUGCAGCUUUUCUGGCAGAUAUCUUACAAAGAUCCCAAAAGGAUAAGAUCUGCUGCUUACAUGUCAGCUACGUGUCGCUAAAUUGAUAACGAACAAGAGUCCUGCACAAUAUUAACGGCAUAUAAAUUAUGGCACAUAAACAACAAUACGCUCUUAUAAAGUGGAUUGAAGAUGAUACGUAUACACUAGGUGUACCAAUUGAUUGGAUUAAAUAUUUUGAAUAUGAUACUUUUAUAUCUGGAAAUUAUGAUUUAAGUCGAAGCGUUCCCAUUGAAUGGCGAAAUACGAGAAAAGAACCCCAUGGAGGAUGGCCAUGUUAUGAUGGUCUAAUUAUUGCAGUUUCCGGCAAGAUAUCGAAAUUAGAAAAAAAACUUAAAAUAUUUGAAGGUACAAAAUCAUCAAAGCGUGUCACAGUACCUGAAAUAGAACAUUCUUCAAAGAAAAAAAAGGGCAAAAAGUAUAACAAAAUUUAUAAAGAGAAUGAAGAUAAUAAUGAUUCUUUUAAACGCGCAGAAAAGAGAUUGGGAGAAACAAGCAAAAAUAAAUCGUAUCUAAAUAAAAAAACUAAACUUACUACCGAAGAAUAUAUUGAUUAUGAAAUACCUUCCACAAGCUAUUCACAGGAAACUACAGGAAAAAUGAUACCGCGUAAUAUUGUAUUUGAUGAGGAAAAUAUUCAACAAGUCAUAUUAAAUUCAUCUCAUUCUGAAGACGAUUUCAAUAUUGAUACUACAAAAACUUACUCAGUAAACAAAAUUACUUUGGAAACUCUACAUGAAGAUAAUUUAAAGAUCCAAGCUAUGAUCCAACAACUCUUUAAGAGUAUUUCAAAGGCAAAAUUGACAUUGACUGAAUCAAAUGACACAUCUACUUCUUUAGAAGAAGAAAUGGUGGAGAUUCAACCAGGUAGUGGGGUUAAAGUCAGAACUCGUGAUUGGAAAUUAGCCCUUUCACGUCCAACGUUUACUGCAAUGGGACGAACAUUAUUGACUCUUCUUUUUCCACACGAAGUCCUUCUUCGUAGUAAUUUAAAAGGGGGUCCCAGCAAAAUAAAAAGGACUGAUGGAAAAGCUGCUUUUACGGCGCUAAACCCGCGAAUUCUUAGUGCUUUAAUAU